AUGACAUCGAUCUCAUAUGCCUAUCGAAUUGGCCAUAAUACUGUAUCAAAGAUCAUAUCAGAGACCUGCGAGGCAAUAUGGAAUGCUUUGAAGGAGACAUAUUUUAUUGAUGACAGUCCAGAGAGUUGGCAAGAAAUUGCCGACAAAUUUCAGCAACUUUGGAACUAUCCGAACUGUAUAGGAUGUAUUGAUGGAAAGCACGUUACAUUGCAGGCUCCGGCAAAUAGUGGCUCGACGCAUUUCAAUUACAAAGGACACCACAGCAUCAAUCUGUUAGCGGUUAGCGAUGCAAAAUAUCGAUUUACUAUGGUCGAUAUCGGUGCGGAAGGUAGACAUAGUGAUGGAGGAGUUUUUAAAAAUAGUGAAAUGGGAAAAUGUUUCGAAGAAG